AUGAGUCUGGUAUUCAAGAAUUGGCUAGAAUUGGCUGGUAUUCUGUGCCUGUCCAGCAUGCCCAAGCAGAUUUUUGGGGGAAUCGCUAGCUGUACCUCAAUAUUGGAGAUGAUUCAUUGGGGCUCUGGGGCCGACACAUUCGGACAAGGAGGGCCCUCUGAUGUCGUCGAAAAGGAGAACGCCUCCACCAACUUUCCUACUUGCCCAAAUUACGCUCAACUUGCGCCUCCUCAACCUUCUGAGAGCUGGUUAAAAAAUCCUGCUUGGAUUGAUGGCAGCGUCAACCCUCCUCAAUUCUACUACAGUGAUGACGAAAUCAUGACUGUACUCAAGUACUAUCAGCCGGACCACCCAGCUUUGGAGGAUCCCAUUGCCGCCAUGGACCCCACGCCACCAUGUGCCCCAGCGCGUGCAGAUGACUUGCCACCAAAUCCCGUAGUUGUACCUCAUAAGCCUAUUGCCACCUCCCGCCAGCCUUGGUCAUGGCGUUACAGUUCACUGCUCUUCUCGGCUAUUGACAAGACAAAGCUAGGCAAGCUGACUAUGAAGAAGCAGUCCAACUCAAAGUUCAACAUCAUUGCCCUGGAGGACCUCAAUCACUCGGCUUUCAUCCAUGAGGCUGAAGGUUCUGUUGGUGGGAAGAAGGGUGUUACCAUCGAGAACGAUCGCGAGUACAUGGUCAUGAUUGAGGCCAUUCUCAAGAAAGCCAAGACCUGUCAACCACUCCUUGCACAUGACACUGAAGACACCCCUGAGCUUCAGUAUGGCACUAAGCAAGAUCAGCUGCACAGCGAGAUCAUUUUGGAGUUGAAGCAGAAGUGGCCUUGCGAGUGGCAUCAGGGCGAGCAUGGUGAAGUAGGGUUCUGUUACGUUGACCCUACUGGUAACCACCUAGGUUUAAACCAUUGUAAACUUGCGAUGUGGGCUUCUGCCAUUGCUGCUCAUGAUGCUACUAAGCACGAACCCCCCAAUAACAUCCACUUCAAUACACUUUGUGAUGCCACACCACCUCCUGAUUCGACCUCUGCAUUGAUGCCGGCUCUCAUUGCCCAUCUCAUUCCCAAGCCGCCAGCUGCUCCCGUUGAGACUCCUGCUCCAACCACACCACGUAAACCAAAGCCUUUGAUCACGCCUACACCUGUCUCACCUAUCCCGAGCCGCUCUGCUGAGUUGCAUACAUGUCUUGCUGAUUUCCUGAAGACAGAAGAUGUUAAUCUUUUGCAUUCUGAAGCAGUGCUGGCUGCGCUCAACCUCACUCCUGGUAUCAUCCCUGAUGUUCCUGUGCCACAUUUGAUUGAGGUGACAGGUGCUCAUGAGGGUCACUUAUGGAAGCUUCAGGCAUUCUGCCAGAGCUGGAAUACUCAUUUAGCUGAGAAGAAAUUGCUUGCUCAUUGA